UGUGUGUGUCUGUGUGUGUGUGUCUCUGUGUGUGUGUCUGUGUGUUGACAUCCACAAGAGGUGGACAUGUCGUCUCCUCAGAUCUCCUCGCUGUCCUGGGGUCAUAUGAAGGUCAAAGGAUGCUCCUCCUCCUAUAAGGACUGUAAGGUUUGGCCCGGAGGGAGUCGAGCCUGGGACUGGACCGAGACCGGCACCGAUCACCGUCCAGGGGUCCAACCGGCUGAUCUGGAGGAGGUGCUGAAGAAGGGGAUCGAGCUGCUGGUCAUUGGCCGAGGGAUGAGUGAAGCUCUGCAGGUCCCUUCGUCCACUCUGGACUUCGUCAGACAGAGUGGCGUGGACGUCAGAGUCCUGCAGACGGAGAAGGCCGUUGCCGAGUACAAUAAACUGGCCGGACAGGGCGCAAAAGUGGGCGGGGUUUUCCACUCCACCUGCUGAUGAUGUCAUCGUCACCUGGCGUGGACACAACGCCGGUCAGCUGGACUGGUUUAGCUCUUUUUAAACCAGUCCAGUGGAACCGAGAAGCACUACCAAAAAAACCUUUUUAAAGUGAUUUAUCCCCAUUUAUUACAAUAGUACUAUAUUUUGGUGUUUAAGUUAAAAAUGUAAUUCACUGAUCAUGUGAAUGUUCAUUAAAGCUCAGAUUAAAGGUGACGGUUCUUCUACCAAAAACAGAUAAACGUGAAUAAAAAGUCACUUUUUCAGUCCAGUCUGUCAUUAACUGAACAUAAACCCAGUGUGUCCAUCCACUGGCAUUGACCCAACU